AUUUUUUUAUAUUUAUAACAUUUUAAAUAUUUUAUUGGCUUGUUGAGAGGCGUAAGCCACAAAUUGCCUAAAAGCUUACUCCUAGCCUUACAAAGAUAAAACUCCUUGUACCUUGUUAAGCUUUUUUAAACUAUUGUCAGGAAGUUAUGAGGGGAUAUAAUUUAACAAGGAGGCAUAAUCCAGAGUUCUAGAUUUAGGUAGAUUUGAGACUAAUUCUGCACUUUUAGAAUGAAAGUUAUUUUCUUUUUUUAAUCUUAAAAGGUCUUAGAAUUUUAUGAUUUGAUACUUAUUUAGAGUCGGUGGUAUAUUUGUCUUUUUGUUAAUUGCCGGACGUAGGUAAAUAUCUAUAGUUAAUGGGCCUUAUUUUGAUUUGAUUUACAUUGCUUUCUUGCGAAGGAAGAGUCUUUGGUUUAAAAUAGUUUUUAAUGGAUCUCUGAAUUCCUUGUUAGAAUCUUGCCAAGUUGGAAAGUCUUUGGUGUCUAUAUAUACUCUUUUAAUAUUGUACUCUCAAGAGAUUUGAUCAUUAUAAGAAUAUGAUAUUGCCCACAAAUGCUAGGCUUGGACUUAUUUAAGUUAGGCAAAAAUGGUCCCAGGUAGAAGCUCACUAAAAGGGCCUAAAACAUAUCUCCAUUUUGAAGCCAGAUAAAAUUCGUAAUAACUGAAAAUGGCUUUGGGCUUAGUUACAAAAACACAAGAAAAAACUAUUAUUUUAAUAAAUUUGGGGUCGCCACAUGAGUCUUUUUCACUUCGAUUCAUUAAUACAUCAGCUUCGCAAUCCUUGACUACUAAAAAGACCAAGCAUAUCCCUUUGAUGCAUACUUCUUUUUCUUUUUCUACCCCCAUUUGAACCCAUAAAUUCCUAAGAAAACGUCAUUUAAGAAAACGUCAUUUAGGCGCUUAGAUUUGUCCGAAAAUCGCGAUUCAGUUUCCUUAAAUACCAAAGAUGCAUGCUAGAUUUCCAUUUUACUUUUGAAACGACGAGAUCCAAGGGUUUUUUGAGGGCUUAAGUGGAUUCUCUUUCUAAAGAAUCUUUUAUGCAUUUUGCUUAAACAAUGGAUAAAUCAAUUGAGAUUCAUGGUGGAGACGAGAAGACAGAAAACAGUAAGGCACCAUUUUCAUGUAUUCCCCAUGGACAAAGAUCUAGAGGAAGAGUUGCACAGAGGCAAACUGCUGAGUUACUUCAUACGGCUGUAGAAGGGGAUUAUGGAGAAGCAGAUGUGGAAAAACUCCAAAGUCCAUGCAAAUGUCGAAAGAGAAAAUGUAAACAUAAAACUGAUUCAGAUGAUUUGGAAUAUAUUCCUGUCCAUCGUUCUUUUCGUGCUAGUAGAUCAAGGAGGGGUUGCAAUACAACCUCCAACCUGCGAGGGAAAAUAAAUGAUGAAUUAUUCGAGCGCUGCUUUCUGAAAAUAUGGGAGGAUUCUCCUGAAGAGAAAAGGAAAUUGUUUACGUAUAUGGAAUGCAUAUGGUUUUCCAUGUACACAACUGAUCAUUAUAGAAAAAGGGUGCUGACGUGGAUUAAGAGAAUCAAUGUAUUCUCAAAAGAAUAUGUUUUGGUUCCCAUUGUUUUAUGGUCUCACUGGUAUCUUGUUAUCUUUUGUCACUUGGGCGAAACUUUAGCGUCAAAAACUAGAACUCCAUGCAUUUUAUUGCUGAAUUCACUGCGGGAACUGGAUAAUGGGCUCGAACCUCUAAUAAGAAGGCUUGUCUUAGACAUAUAUGAAACAGAGGAGAGGCCGGUGGACAAGAAACUAAUGAAAAAAAUUCCUCUCUUGGUUCCUAAGGUUCCACAACAGACAAACGGUGAAGAAUGCGGCAUUUUCGUUCUGCAAUAUGCAAACCUAUUCUUAAAGAAUGCACCAGAAAAUUUUAGCGCUUCUGCUGGCUACCCUUACUUCAUGAAAGAAGACUGGUUCGGUAAGGAAGAAAUAGAGGGCUUACAUAAAAGACUGGAGACAGUUGAGGCUGAAUUUAGCAAUGCUGAUGAAUGAUCUUCCGAUCUUCUGUAGACAUUUACAAUCAUAUCCUAGUUGAUCAUGUCAUCUAGAUUGUAAACUGGAUAAACAGACAGCGUAGUUUGAUCAUGACUGAUAAAACUUUUGUGUGUAUUAGGAGCAACCUUGGAACAUGUAUGCUUUUGUGUUGUGUGGUGUUUUGUCUGAGAACUAAAUUGGAAAUAUUGUGUUUUCAUCUUGUGUGAAGGCACUUGCGUGCAUAAGAACGAGUGUGAAUUGUGCUUUAUGCACGAUUAUGGUUUA